AUGAAGAGCCUGAUAAGUCUUGCGCUGCUACCGUUAGCCAGCGCGGUGUUGACAUAUGAUUAUAUUGUGGUCGGGGGUGGCACUAGUGGCUUGGUCGUUGCCAACCGCUUGUCUGAGCUGAACAAUGUGACCGUCCUCGUUAUCGAAGCUGGAGGCUCGGUGUUCAACAACCCCAACGUGACAGACACCGGUGGUUACGGUAAAGCCUUUGGUACUGCCAUCGAUUGGGCUUAUAAGACCGUUGAACAGAAAUGGGGUGGAAGAAAGCCGCAAAUAGUGCGUGCUGGAAAGGCUUUAGGAGGUACAUCAACCAUCAACGGGAUGGUGUAUCUGCGGGCGCAGACUAGCCAGAUCGAUGCGUGGGAGAAACUCGGAAAUGAAGGUUGGAACUGGGAAAACUUGUUCCCCUAUUUCAAAAAGGGUGAGCAGUUCCAGGUUCCUACUGACUACCCGUUCUUGGAUGGAUCCGGUGUCACCUAUGAUCCUGCCUACCACGGAUAUGAUGGUCCUUUGAAGGUUGGCUGGACGUCAACGCAGUUGAAUGAUGGCCUUGCACAGGUUAUGAACACAACUUACCAGAAUAUGCCGGUGCCUGUUCCCUACAACAAAGACCCGAAUGGUGGACAGAUGAUUGGAUACUCUCUCUACCCCAAGACGGUGAACUCGGACCUUAACAUUCGCGAGGAUGCCGCAAGAGCAUACUACUACCCUUACCAAUCUCGCAAGAACCUUCACCUGUGGCUCCAUACCAACGUCAACAAGAUCACUUGGAGUGAUGGCGAUGAUGUGACCGCGGAUGGUGUUGAGAUUACCCUUUCCAAUGGCACAACUUCAACAGUCAAGGCGUCUCGCGAAGUGAUUCUUGCAGCGGGUGCAUUGAAGUCCCCACUUCUGCUCGAGUUAUCCGGCAUUGGAAACCCAGUCAUUCUAUCCAAGUACGGCAUCGAGACAAAGAUCGACCUCCCAACCGUCGGCGAAAACCUCCAAGACCAAAUGAACAACGGACUCGCCUAUGACUCAAAAAUAAACUAUACCAAAUCUGCUGAUUACGUCGCCUACCCCUCCGCUGAACAACUGUUCGCAAACGCCACUGCAGUCGGCGCCCAGCUUCUCCGCAAGCUUCCCGCAUACGCAGCCCAAGUUGCCUCAGCCAACGGAAACGUGACUCGAGCAGCCGACAUCGAGCGCUUCUUCAAAAUCCAAUGGGACCUAAUCUUUGAAUCAGGCAUUCCUGUCGCUGAAAUCCUUCUCGAACCAUCCGGCUAUACCUACGACACCGAGUACUGGGGCUCCGUUCCCUUCUCGCGAGGAAACAUCCACAUCUCAUCCGCAGACCCAACGGCCCCUGCCACUAUCGACCCGAAAUACUUCAUGCUGGACUUUGACCUUCAUGCUCAAGUUGAAGCUGCUCGGUUCAUUCGUGAGAUAUUCAAGACUGAGCCUUUCGCUGAUAUGGCGGGCAAUGAGACAAGCCCUGGGUUUUCAACUGUUGCCGUCAGUUCUGGUGAUGAGGGAUGGUCUUCAUUCCUCAAGUCUAACUUCCGCUCAAACUUCCACCCCAUUACCACGGCUGGCAUGAUGCCUAAGGAGAUUGGAGGAGUUGUUGAUACUUCAUUGAAGGUCUAUGGGACUUCCAAUGUCCGUGUUGUUGAUGCAUCGAUCAUCCCUUUCCAGGUGUGCGGACAUUUGCAAAGUACAAUUUAUGCAGUGGCAGAGCGCGCUGCCGAUAUUAUUAAGGCGCAGAUGUGA